AUGGAGCGCCUGCACAAGGAGGGGGCGCAGAAGGAGGCAGAGGAGGCCGAGCGGCGGCAACGGGCGAAACACCAGGAGAUGGAGCGCCUGCAGAAGGAGGAGGUGCAGAAGAAGGAGGCAGAGGAGGCCGAGUGGCGGCAGAGGGCGAAACAGCAGGAGAUGGAGCGCCUGCAGAAGGCAGAGCAGUGCCGAGCAGAGAAGAGGGCCAGACUUGCAUCCUUCGCGGAACAGCAGCGGCAACUGGAGGCAAAGGCAAAGGCGAUGGCUGAAGAGACGGAACGAUUGGCAAGGGAGAUGGAAGAGGAGGAUUCGACCAUGCAUGGGGAGGGGACCUGGAAGGGAGUCGAGGAGGAAAUAGCUGAGGGCCUAGGGAGUUUGCUGUUGAUUGAGAGCGGGGAGGCGAAUGUAGAAGAGGGCGUGGCUAUUGUUCCCAAACAGAACGUAGAGGUGUCCAGGAGGCGGCCUAGACAGGAGGGCAGGGAGCCGGAGGGUCAUGCGGCUAAGAGACGGCGUGCAGCUGGUAUACAGGAGUUGAUACCGAUAAUCCCAGAGGAAAAGAAGGGGAUGAAGAUCGACAAGUGUGACAACAGGAAAACCGCCGUAGUGGACGACAAGGGUAAGACUUUGGGUGUCUGCUUGCCGUUCAGGGGAAGCGGGUUCUCUCAACGGGGCGAGGGAGCUUUGCAGAAGUGGACGUCUGAGCAGACCGUCGGCGGCCGGAAGCGGAACCUCGGCUCUCACAAAACGACGUGGGAGAGGGCAUACACGGUCGUAGUCUGCUGGAAGUUCUACUUCCCGGAUAUUGACAUGCAGGCAUACGGCAUGAAUCCAAACCGUAUUAACAAGUGGCGGGAAGACCUCGACUUCACAACGUGGCUUCCAACAGGGGUGUGGAGCGUCGUCAACGAACUCCACCUGGACAAACCGGACGGAUUCUCACUCGUUCAAACCAACACGGCUCUUCCGCAGCAGCAGGGGGAUGGCUUUCAGGUUGCUGCCUGCGCUGGUAUCAGAAUAACUGCGUGGCAAAAGAUGGUGGGAGGCGUGGAGGGUGAAAACGGCUAUUCGACGGAAGAACACGCACUCGGACUUGCCGCCACGUUGUCUGUAAUGUGGGCCGCAUCCACGAAUGUGGACCAGACCCAAUGGGAGACGGGCGCAACAACAGCUGCACGUGGAACUUCUACCGCCAUAGCAUCUUCUGCUGCCAGAUCGUCCCCUGCUGCCACCGCCUCGUCGGCUGCCUCGUCAUCUUCUGCGGCCGAUGUGUCCUCUGCCGUCCUCGAUGCCCUUGCGACGCUUGCAGCCUCGGUUGCUUGCGUUGCGGUUGAGGCGAUGCGGUCGGUCAAGGAUCAGGAGCAUGACAAGGAAGCGUGGAUUCUUCCUCUGUCGGAUGCGCUGCUGAAAGCGCUUCCGGCAGAGUCGCGAGCGGCCGGGGAUACGAAGCGGAUGAUGAGGGUGGUGGCAAAGGUGGUGACCUCUUGGUGCCUAUGCAACAUGGCAUCAAGAGGCCUUCGCCAGCACUUGGGCGUGUGCCUCGGAGUCCUGAAGAAGAAGUUGGGCGGCCGGGAUACCACAACAGGGGCGGAUAUGGAGAAGAAAACGAAGAAAUCGUCCGCGAAAAAGAACGCGACGAAGGAGGCGUCGACGGAGGAGAACACUGGCGCUGGCAGCCAGGAGUGA